GAUACUGUCAAAAGGCAGUGAGAUCGUGGAAUACGAAUAAGCCGUUUUUGUAGAUACGAGGAGACAACAGUGGGCCCGCCGUCGUCAGAUAAUGGACUCCACUUCCUGAGCAGCUGUGACCCGAUGACCUCACGCAUCAAAAUGCCUUAUCAACGAACUAUUACCAGCCUCUUAUUGACCGAACAGUUCUGGGAUGUUUAUCAGUCACGAACGAAACCCGCGCGCGUCCCCACCUAAUCAUGAUCAAUGGAGUCAUUAACAGUGCAUCGCUUGUGGACGAAUGAUGUGCGUUGAUCUGCUAAGAUGGGUGAUUUAUUUCCGAGUAUACCGAAGAGUACGUUCGCGAGUGAGGUAGAAGGGAACUGGAGCGGGGGCAAGGGUUUGGAAGACUACAAGUCUGAUGCGGAUUUGGCCGCCGUGGAGUUGUUUAGGGAUUACCCAGAACCGCUGUUGAGGUUCGCGUCGGCUUGCUGUGUGCUGUUCAUGUUGGUCGGAAUCCCUGGCAAUCUGAUCACAAUUAUCGCACUUGCGCGCUGCAAGAAAGUCCGAAACGCGACAGCAGUGUUCAUCAUGAACUUGUCCUGCUCUGACCUUCUGUUCUGCUGCUUUAACCUGCCGCUCGCCGCGUCGACAUUCUGGCGUCGGUCCUGGGCACACGGCAAGAUCCUCUGCCGCAUGUUCCCGUUGGCGAGAUAUGCCCUCGUCGCAGUCUCGCUAUUCACCGUACUGGCAAUCACCAUCAACAGAUACGUCAUGAUAUCACAUCCACGAUUGUAUCCUAAGUUGUACAGACGCCAGUAUCUUGCGGUGAUGGUGGCAAGCACAUGGGCAUUCUCUUUCGGGGCGUUAAUAGCCACUUGGCUGGAAAAGUGGGGCAGAUUCGGGCUAGAUCCCACCAUAGGCUCCUGCUCCAUACUUCCUGAUCGCAAUAACAGAUCUCCAAAAGAAUUCCUCUUCGUGGGGGCUUUUAUGCUUCCCUGUUUGGCGAUAGUCAUAUGCUAUGCACGAAUAUUUUGCAUAGUAAGGGAUGCUGCUAGAAAAUCACGAGCACCAGUUCGUAGAGCAAGACCGGGACUAGAAGACUCUGCAGUUGGGUCCGCUUCUACGGCAGUAGAACGAUCACCAGGGCCUGAGAAUGGUGCCAAUCAUAAUCAUAUUUCAGCACCAAAAAGGGCUUUACUAGCCCCACCCGUACCACACUGCCCACCUACACCAGGUCCGGAACGAUCAUCAUCUUCUGGAGUGGAUACGUUAGACGGGCAUGAUGAGGAAUGCGCUCUAGACGCUAAGCCUCGAACACCUAGUGGCGGCGAGACCGCCAAGCGACUACGUCAAGCAGCGUGUGUGCUCAAACGAUCUCCAGCAUCGGUCAGGCCUCCAAGACUGACGCCGAAAGAUAGAAAAUUACUAAAAAUGAUCAUGGCCAUAAUGCUCUCUUUCUGGGUAUGUUACCUACCGAUAACAUUAACGAAGAUAUUCCGCGAGUUUACUUCGCACCCAGCGGCGAAUAUAGCUGGCUACAUCCUGAUAUACCUCACGACGUGCAUCAACCCGAUAAUUUACGUUGUGAUGUCCAGCGAGUAUCGCCAGGCAUACAAGAACUUGUUGAUGUGCCGUCGGUGGGCGUGACGUUCACCAGGCGACGGCGCCUCCGAGAAGCGCCCGCCGUGACUUCGAC